GGCGAUCUAGCACUCUGGACAGUUGCAUCAGUUCCUGUGUGUGCGUGUAAAUGGCUGUGCCGUGGCUGCUCCACGCUACUUUUUAUUCCCAGGACGCAGAAUAGUCAUAAAUCCUCCUCUGCUAGGAAAGGCUGUGAUCAUAAUAAAGACGUCACCCUCCUGCUCGGGUUGGCUCAAACCAAGCCAAGUGCGCAGCUAUUUGUAAGCUACAACAACAACAACCUCCAGCACCAUGCCCAUGGAUAACGUAGGGAUUUCUCUGAGAUCCCCUCGCCGUGCGAAGACGAUAUCUGCGUCAGAUCCAUAGCAAAGACUGCCUUUAAUUGCUCCGGAUCUCUCUACUAGAAAAAAAAAAAACAGACAGGGACUUGAUCGCGUUGCGGGCUCCUGUCGCAACAAAUAGGACGCAAGACUUGGAUUUUGAAGAGUCAUGGAAGAAACAGCUUCUGCAGCUCCAGCCCCCACCACCGGUGCUGCUGCACCAACCCCAAGACCUCAGCCUUUCACCUUUGCACCCACCCGCAGUCUGCUAGAGUGGAGACGGAGGGUCAAGUCUGAGUAUAUGCGCCUUCGCCAGUUGAAACGCCUUAAAAAAGCAGAGGAGGUUAAGACCUUGUUCAUGUCCAACAGGCAAAAGAUUGAGCAGCAGACAAAUCUCCUGAAUGCAGAGUGGUCCCGACUCAGGAUUCAGUCCAUCCCUCUGUCAACUUCUAGUGGAGCUCUACCCAGCAAGAAGAUGUGUUCAGUGGAGUUUGGCUUCCCAGGAUUCAAAGCUCAAGCCAUUGCCAUGAGACCAUUGUCAACAGUGGCAGGAAUCCCCUUCAUGUACUCCUGGUCACCUCUCCAGCACAAUUUCAUGGUGGAGGAUGAGACAUUCCUUCACAACAUCCCAUAUAUGGGCGAUGAGGUGCUGGAACAGGACGAGGCCUUCCUGGAGGAACUCAUCGACAACUACGAUGGUGUCCAUGGGGACAGAGAGGGCGGAUUUAUCAGUGACGAGGUCUUUAAAGAGCUGGUGGAGGCCUUGAGCCAGUACUCUGACCACGAAGAGGAGGAAGAGGAGGAAGCAACAGCAGCGCCAGAGGUGACGGGAAAGAAGGAGGACGAGAGAGUGAUGAGGAGGAGCUCAGUGGAGGGCUCAGAAGAGACCAAAUCUGGUACUGUGGCAUUCAUCAAGAGAAAGAGGAGGAGCACUACUGAGGUGAGGGACUUGUCCAGCAGCAAAAAGGCCCCCAGCGAUAAGAUAUUUACAGCCAUCGCCUCAAUGUUCCCUUACAAGGGCACCACGGAGGAGCUGAAGGAAAAGUACAAGGACCUAUUGGAGCCCCCCAGCCCGGUGAAGCUGCCCCCCCUUUGCACCCCGAACUUGGACGGCCCUUUCGCUAAGUCUGUGCAGCGGGAGCAGUCAUUACACUCCUUCCACACGCUCUUCUGCAGACGUUGCUUCAAAUACGACUGUUUCCUCCAUCCUUUCCAUGCUACACCCAAUGUUUACAAGAGGAAAAGUAAGGAGAUGCGCAUGGAGACUGAACCAUGUGGUGUAGACUGCUUCCUGUUACAGAAAGGGGCUAAAGAGUUUGUGGAUCAGAAUAUGUUACGAUCAAAGAGGUCUCGGAGGCGCCGAAGGCAGCAGCGUCCCACCAGUUCCAGUUGUCCUGGACCGUCUGGAUCUGCUGAGGAAAGCAAACAGGGCGACAGUGACCAUGAAACCACCUCCUCUUCAGGUGGGAGUCUGAGCUCACAGAAACUCGGUUUGGAGCUGCUUUUCAAACCACAAGAGGGGAAUUCGCGGAGCCAGACUCCCACCAAGCUGCAUCCAGGGGAUGAUGACGGAGCGCAGCAGGCGUGCUGUGUGGUCCAGUGGAGCGGGGCAGAGGAGUCACUGUUCAGGGUGCUACACGGCACAUACUUCAACAACUUCUGCUCCAUCGCUCGCCUCAUCGGUACAAAGAACUGCAAGGAGGUGUACGAGUUUGCAGUGAAGGAGGUCCUGAUCCAUCGUGUUCCUUGUGUUGAUGGAGGCAUCUCGCCCCAGAAGAAGAAAAGGAAACACAGGUUAUGGGCAAAGAUUCAGCUAAAGAAAGAUAACUCAUCCAAUCAGGUGUACAACUACCAGCCAUGUGAUCACCCCAACCAUCCAUGCGACAGCUCCUGCCCGUGUGUGAUGACCCAGAAUUUCUGUGAGAAGUUCUGCCAGUGCGAGCACGAGUGCCAGAACCGCUUCCCAGGCUGCAGGUGUAAGACACAGUGCAACACUAAACAGUGUCCCUGCUACCUAGCCGUAAGGGAGUGUGACCCAGAUCUGUGCAUGACCUGCGGUGCUGCAGACCACUGGGACACCAAAGGGGUCUCCUGCAAGAACUGCAGUAUCCAGAGAGGCCUAAAGAAGCACCUGCUUUUGGCUCCAUCAGAUGUUGCCGGGUGGGGCACCUUCAUCAAAGAACCUGUUCAGAAGAACGAGUUCAUUUCUGAAUACUGUGGAGAGCUGAUCUCCCAGGAUGAGGCAGACCGACGUGGAAGGAUCUAUGACAAAUACAUGUCUAGCUUUCUUUUCAACUUGAACAAUGCAGACUUUGUUGUGGAUGCCACGCGAAAGGGGAACAAAAUCCGCUUUGCAAAUCAUUCAGUUAAUCCUAACUGCUACGCAAAAGUGGUAAUGGUGAAUGGAGACCAUCGCAUUGGAAUCUUUGCCAAACGAGCUAUUCUGCAAGGAGAGGAGCUCUUCUUUGACUACAGGUAGAGUCACAGGCCUUUUUGUGACUCUCCAUCAGCUUCAAAAUACAGCCAAGCCGAUGCCCUCAAAUAUGUGGGGAUAGAGAGGGAGGUAGACAUGACUUAACUAUACCUGCUGCCUACCUCCAUAACCUGUCCCAAACUCCUCAGCCACCCACUAAUGCUUCUGUCCCUCUCUGCAGCAUCACAUCUAGCUGACGAGUUUCUAUGAACAGGCGCUGUCUCUACCCUCUCUGCUGCAUUUCCAAAAAUAGAAAGUCCCUCCCUGCUGUUUGCAGGUGCUCCUGCUCUGCAGACACUACCACCUCCCUCAGUGACAGCCGUCAACUCUCCCCACCCACCUAUCUGCAAGACUGUAUACGCCAAGCUUAUGAAACUAAACUAUUUAAAGUGGAAAUACUAUUAAUUCGUAUCGCUUACUGCACCAAGAGGAUCACGUUUUGUUUGUUUUUUUUGGUUCCAUCUUUUCAAAGCAAAAAGGCCGCGAUUACCCAUCAUACUGUGUGUUACUCUCUCAGCAGUUUCAUUACUGUACUUAUAGACCGGCUUUUGUUUGACCUCUCAAUACGUAACGCAAGCUUUUACAUCAUACCUUAUGAUGAUCAGUGAAAUGCAUGUACUGUCUCUUGGAUAAACAAACCAUUAAACAUGUUAGCCACAGCAUUAGCUUCAGUCAGCUGCUGCUCUGUGCAGUCACCCAGUAUUGUAGUGUGAUGUCACACAAUGCCUGUUCUUCAGAAAACUUUUGAGGAACAGGUAGGUUUGACAGCUUGGUUUGUUCUUCUAUGAACCUUUUCAGCGGCUAGCCACCACCACAUCUUUAUGGCAAAAUAAGUUAUUGUGCAUUUAUAUAAUUGUUCUGCAAAAUAGGCAACCAGACAAGAAACCGACUGACUGAAUGUAAUCUGUAGAUGAUGGUGAAGAGAUCUCAUCCCUCUUUUCAUUUUACACAUUAAUCCAUUCUAUUGGUACUCUGAGCAUUGUACAUGCACAUCAAACAUUUCAUCAUCAUGUUUAAAUGAUCUUGUAGCCUUCACACAUUGUGAGGGAAAGAAUAAAUUAAUAACUAGUCACACAGUAAAUGUCUUCCUUUCAAAAAACAUGUAAGUGCCAAAUGAUUCCACACAGAAAAAAGCUGAAACAGUGUGGAUGUGUUGCAUAAUUAACAGAGGUGUGUUAAAGGUAACCUUUACAAGGUUCCAACCAUGGGAAAAGCAAAAUUAUCAGUGUUUGACCAAAUAUUAAAGUCCCCCACAUGUGAAUGUAAGAUAUCAUUUACCAUCUUUUCUUAUUUUUUUUUAUAUGUCCAGAUUUGUUAUUCACUCUGUUUUUCAUUUAUAAAACAUUAAAGCCCACUUUGAAAUGAGAUCUUUCUCAAUAGAGAUGAACAAAAUGGAGUUUACUGCUAUGUACAGUGUAUGCCUAUAAAAAUAAAAGUUUAACUUUAUACAUUAAAA